AACCCUAAACCCACUACCUCGACACAUUCCAGCCAAUUCGCUGUCGCGGACGUUGGAGUACACAUUGGGCAAAGCCAAACAACUCAAGCGCAGAGCAGCGAGCAAUGACUCACCUGACGUUGUGAGUGACGACACAGCCGAUAUCCUAUUCAUGCCUGGGCCACUCAGCGACUAUGAACGUCUGCUGUGUUGGCCGUCGAUCACCGGCUUCUCAUUCAGUGGGAAGGGAGGUAGUCCCUUUGCCCUGCACCUAGAAUUUAAAAAAAGGUGCAGAUCUGUCCGAGUCUGUCUGUUCGGAGCUGAGCUCAUCCAUCCACUCAUAUCCUAG